AUGGGCUGGUGCACUACGCAAGAGCUUCGGGGUGGCUAUGCGCGCAAACCUGGGGACAUUAUCCUAAUAGCAAAAAAGCGGAUGGCUGAUGCAGAGCCAUAUGCUGUGGUGGUGGUCAUGACCGAAGAUCGUGCGCGCGCCUUGGAGCUUGGAUUCCAACAGCUCCAGGCCGAGGGCUCCGAGUCCGAGAUCCUGGAGGCUUCGGACGAUGGCCUGGAAAGCCCUGCUGCUGUUUCCAACAUCAUUGAGGAGCUCUUGAAAGUGGAUGAUGUUAAGGGCUGCCUUCAGUCUACUCAUGCUGCGCUGCCCUCCGGAGAUGGUGCUAUUAAAGUGAAGGUUGCGUCCAUUUGCAGCGGUCUUGGAGUUGCAGAGAUGAUCUUUGAUCAGUUGAACCCUGCAUUGAAGGAGCUACUUCACUCAGGUCGAGCCUUGAAGUUUGAGAACGAGUUCAUGUGCGAGAUUGACACAUGGAAAUCAGAUUGGAUCAGCAAAGCGUUUGGGGCCAAAAUCAUCUUCGAGGACAUGCGAUGCUUGGGAUCUGGCUAUGGGAAGGAUGCUGUUACUCAGCAAUACCUCCAAGUGCCCAAGGUGGCUGGACUCACUAUCGGAUAUCCAUGCAAAUCAAUCAGCUCACAGAAUGGAUCACCCAAAUCAUUCUUGGACGAGAGCUCGACCACUGGUGGUGGCUUCCGAGCUCUUCUGGCAUACUGUGAUUACGAUGAAGAUUUAGAAUGGGUGAUAACAGAGAAUGUGAGAAAUUUGACACAUUCUCGGAAACAAUUUGGAGGUGAAUGCCCCAUCCACCUACAAGAUUCAGAGCUUGAAAAGCGGGGAUUCAUCCCAACCCAUGCCCUGAUCACUUCCAGCGAAUACGGGGUUCCCCAAUCCCGGACCAGAUGCUGGGGUCUUUAUGUGAAAGCCACCCAGUUCAGGCAGUUUGGACCGGACCCACGAAGUUUGUUUUUGAAGUUGACAUGUCCGCCAACACCCAUUGACAAAGUGGUUGACCCGGCAUUGGCCAUUGAGCGUCCAUCUACUCAAAGGGCAGCUUCGGGCAAGAAGUGGGAGGAAGAUUUCAUUACUAUGCAGAAAAAAUAUGGGAAGGUGGCUGUUAAGACAAACCUCAAGGCGCUGCAGAAGAAAGGUUUGCCCUUGACCGCACGGGAAUUGUCCAUCGCCGCGGUCGCCGUAACAAUCCUCCAGCAAAGGGGCAUGGACCCAUUCGCUCACACAAUGAUCAUUCAGGUGGACCAAAACUAUGAAAGGAAUACAUUUUGCAGUUCAAAUCCAUGGUUGUGCCCUUGCCUGAUUCCCAAUGGCAAGUACAUCAUAUCCUCUCAAUGGAGAUUGCUUUCUGGACAGGAGAAAUUGAAAUUGCAGGGCCUGGGUUUGGACGACAUCACCAAGUACAAGCUCCACCUGCUUACCGACAAGCAGCAAUCCGAUUUGGCUGGAAACUCAUUCACUAGUGGGGUUUGCACUGCAGCGAUCCUCACCAUCCUCUGCUGCUGGCAACCAUCCAAGCGUGUUGCCCAAUGA